AUGCGAGAAAUGAGUAAAACCGACAAACGUGACUUUGAAGAUCGGUACUCUGCAUGUUUCGUUGAUUUCGGAUUGAAAACAGUGACAGGGCUCUUAAUAGGCAGCAUGAUGGGUAGUUUCUUCUUGAGAGGCUACAAGAAAUGGCCAAUGUACAUCGGCGGCGGUCUCGGUUUCGGGAUGGCGUAUUCUAAUUGCGAGAACAGCCUCAACGACUAUUUAUUGGCAAUGAAUCCCAAGCCUUGUUCUAUCAAGUUAGUAUGA